CUCAGUCGCUUGUUAUGUUGUUUUUCCAUUGAAACUUUGCUCCCAAAAUCAAGAUCUUGCUUUAUUUAUUUGAAGAGAAAGAUAGAACACAGGGAAGAAGAAGAAAUGGAGGACUCAAACAAUUAUGGUCAUCAACAUCCACUUGUCUUGUUGAAUGAAGAGCAGUUGAUCAGCAAUCAAAGUGGAGCAUCAGCAGACUGCUCCAUGUGUGAGGAGAAGGUGUCUGCUCCAUGUUUUGGCUGUGCCGAGGGCUGUAGAUUUUACCUCCACAAGGUAUGUGCCGAAGCACCUUCGGAGCUUAACCACCCUUUCCAUCAUAAUCCUCUUCUUCUUAUGAAAAAAGCACCUUAUAGUAAUGAAGCAUACAUUUGCAAUUUUUGCGAUAAACCCGGUGAGAAGUUCGUUUAUCAUGGCUCUUGCGAAUUGGACCUUCACAUUAAAUGUGCUUUGCUUACAUUUAACAUUUCUCAAAAUAAUUUGAAAGAGCUUCAGCAUGUUGCUCUUCAACCUCCCACUAAAAGAGAUGAUGAACGACUUGAAGAUGUUACCAAGUGCUUCGGGUGUUGGGAACCAUUAGCCAAUUAUACAUACUUUUCUCCUGAUUCUGGAUUUAAUCUACACAAGAAAUGUUCCGAACUUCCUAUCGAAUUGAAUCAUAUGUGCCACCGAAAACAUGCUCUUGUUCUGCAAUUUAAUGAGAAGGAGCUCACUUGCAAGAUCUGUCAAGUAACUCCACAUAGAGGACUUGUAUAUGGCUGUUCACCUUGUGAGUUUAUUGUUCAUAUUGAAUGUCUAUCACCAUGUCUUGCUCCUGUCAUCGAAUCGAUGCAUCAUGAACAUCCAUUCCGUCUGUUUCCGAGACAAGCACCGUUCAUUUGUGAUGCAUGUGGUACAGGGGGAGCUUACUCUGCCUACAUAUGUUGUACAUGCAACAUCAUAGUCCAUAAAAGGUGCACUUUAUUACCACACAUCAUAAAGAGCAAGUGGCAUGAUCAUUGCAUCUUUCACAAAUAUUUCCUUCUAGAUGAUUUUAGAAGCUCGGACUGCAUUAUCUGUCACAAGGAGAUCGAUCCAGAGCACGGGAGUUAUUGUUGUUCGUACUGCAAUGUUACGUUCCAUGUAAAUUGCGUGACGGAGGACAAACAUUCAUAUUUUAUCUUUCCAUUGGAAUAUGAAAUAUCCGAUGAAAGUUCAAUCACUGUUUUGGAGAGGAAUGAUGCUGGAGAAGCUACAAAAAUAAAACAUUUCAUGCAUGAUCAUAAUCUAACCCUUGUUGGAGGGUAUGAAAAUAGUUGUGAUGGGUGUAUGUUACCUAUUUCGGAUUCAUGUUACCAUUGUUCAGAAUGUGGUUUUUGUCUUCAUAAAGGCUGCGCUGAAUUACCUCGGAAAAAGCAUGUCUGGCAUCAUAGUUGUCGAAAACCUCUCGUCCUUAUUUCAAACGAAGUUUUCAAGUGUGAAGAGUGUAGCCUGUUGUGUAAUGCCUUUGCUUAUGAAUGUUGUGAAUGUCUGAAAAAGAUAUGUCUCCGAUGUGUGAUUACUCUUACUCCUGGUGUUCAAAAAUGUCCAAAGCAUGAGCACCCCCUCUUUUUCUACCGGAACUACAAAGGGCGUUGCAAUGCAUGUGGAGAUACAACAUGGGGUGCAUUUCGUUGUAAGGAAGAUGAUUUUGUAUUGGAUCAUCACUGCUUUUCGCUGCCAAUUACAGCUCAUCACAAAUGCGAUGAACAUUUGCUUUCACUCACCGAUCAUGAUGAUAAUAGUUAUUCAGAAAGUCAUUUUUGUGAUAUCUGUGAAAAGAGUCGAGAUCCGAAUAACUGGUUCUAUCAUUGUGCAACGUGCGAUACUUCUGCUCAUGUCAACUGCGUUCUUGGAGAUUAUCCAUUCAUCAAAGUGGGGAGCAUCUACAAAGUUGAGCAUCAUCCGCACCCGCUCACCUUUGUCAAGAAGAGUUACUACUAUCCUGAUUGCAAUGAAUGUGGUGUGCCUUGUGAAGGUUUGGCUCUUGAAUGCACAGAAUGCAAUUACAUCAUUCACUGGGAUUGUGUAGAUUUAAAUCUGUCGUUUUUGAGGUUUAUGCCGCAAUUAUUCGGAGCUAAUCACACCUGAAAACCGUCCCUUCUACAAGAAAAAUUAAGACUGGAAAACCGAGUGUGGUCCUUGUCUUGUUGCUUGUAAUGGUACCAGCUGCAUUUGUCAUUGUAAUUUGGUUUUUUUUCUCAACAUUUAAGUUCCAAACAGCUUUUCAUUAUGUAUUUGUUGUUGAAUAUAUGUUGUGAUGUUUAGUAGAAGUGUUGAAUAUAUGUUGUGAUGUUUAGUA